GAUUUUUCCCAGGGGAAGAGAUGAACGAAGAAUGAAAGUUGUUGAUAGAGAAGAGAAGAGAAGAGAAGAUCAAAAGAAAAAGGGAAUUGAAGAUCCCAACUCUAUAUCUCAUCCGCUUAUUUUGGCGGCAACGAAACCGCUAUUUUCGCCCGCCUCCCCACUCGCCAAAGUCCACUCUUUCCCUCUUUUUCCCCUCACUCACUCCCCACACACCCACGCCCCCGUCUUUGUUUCUCCCUCGUCUCUCCCCAAAUUUCCCACAAAACCUGCUUUUUGUGGAUUUUGGAGUUCAGCUCUGCUCUACAAAAAAUUACCCACAUUCCGCUUUCUUAGAAUUUUCUUCUUGUUCGAAUGUACAGAGAACCCGGCGCCCAGAUAUGGGGUACACUACUACUGACCGUGCUUCUUCUUUCUCUCUCUCCAGUCUUUUGUGCCAAGAAGACGUUUCUUUCUUGACCGACGAAGACCCAGAUGAGCCCACCCCCCCUUCCGACCAUCCGCUCCCCUUUUUUCUUGCCGAUGACGACGAUGAGUAUUUUGAGAUCUUAGUUGCUAGAGAGACUGCGGCUGAAUCUGGAACCCCUUUGCUCUUUAAUGAUUCCCCGGAUGCAAUCCGGAGCUGGUUGAGGAGUGUCCGAUUGGAUGCUGUUGAGUGGAUUCUCAAAAGCCGGGCACUUUUUGGAUUUCAAUUCCACACCGCAUAUCUAUCCAUCGGCUACUUCGAUCGAGUUUUAUCAAUCCGAAACCUACAAAAGAGGUCGUGGAUUUUCCGAUUGUUGGCUGUGGGGUGUUUGUCGCUGGCGGCUAAGAUGGAGGAAUCUAAAACCCCAAAGCUAUCGAGCCUUCAAGUAGAGGGGUUUGAUAUGGAAAGCAAGGCAAUUCAAAGAAUGGAGCUAUACGUUCUUAAUACCUUGGAUUGGAGAAUGAGCUCAGUUACUCCCUUUUCCUAUUUACAGUAUUUAAUAAGAACGAUCUUUGUCGACUCCAAUCCACAAGGAUUGCUCUCAAAAGCUGCGAAAUUCAUAAUGUCCACAGUGAAAGAGAUUAACUUGGUGGAUCAUAGACCAUCUCUCAUAGCAGCAGCGUCACUAUUAGCUUCAUCUGAUGCUCAUUUGACAAGAGAACAAGUGGAGCUUAAAUUGAAAGCCAUAGCUUCAUUUGGGUCUUUAGAAUAUGAACGUAUUUUCUUUUGCUAUAAUCUGAUGCUAAAAACAGAGAAAGAAAAUGCGAAAGAAGAGUUAACUGGUACUCCAUCGUCAUCAAUCUGCACAACCACUCCUAAUAUUGUUGACAAUCGUUCUGCUACCUCCACUUCUGGUACUAAGAGUAAGAGACGACUCACAUUCGAGGACUCCGAUCCCGAUUGUCCCGAGAAGAAGAUUCAUCGGCCCUAGCAAAACAUAGUUUGGUAUUAAUAAUCAGAUUCUAGGAUGUUUUUCACUUCAACAUCGUUGCUAGAGAUAAAAUUUUGUUGAUCAAAUGAUUGGGGCUCCAUUUUUUCUAUACCCAAUAAAGGAUCCAGCAGUGACAGACGAAAAUAGAAAUAAGGGAGAGGUAUAUAUGAGGAGAAGGGAUAGCUAUAGCCUGCAAAAGGGAGAGGAAGAAGAAGAAGCUGAAGCUGACCUAGUGCAAGAAAAACCAUCAAAUUGCAAGAGAAUGCUUGAAGGAGACUGGAGGUUAUGGUUUAUUGCUGAUGUUUUUGUCUUCAUGAUCACAUGUUGCUGUCACUUGCUCUUUUCAUUAUAUUAAUUUAUUUUUGUUUUCAAUUCCUUCCAUUAAUUUUGUCAUCAUGAUCAAGAAUUUGAUAGUUAAGUAUCUGUUGCCACCCUAGCUUUUGAUGGGAGGCUUGGGAUGCUUUCCCCUUCUCUUUCAAAUACACUGGAGCUGAAAAAGUUGUGCUUUCCUGUGUAACAUUUGAGCCAUUUGGAAGUGUAUACAUAAUACUAAUAAGAAUGUUGGAAUACA